AUGGGGAGGGAUGUUACAGGCUUACGAAUUGACAAAAGAGCAAGUGAAAAAUCAAGUGAUAGCACUCGUUCUGUAAUUCGUGUUGCUCCCAAAGCCUCACCUGAAAAAACCGGGAAUGCUGGACUUUCCGAUGGCCACGAUGAGGUGGCAGUGAAAAGCACCAAUGGUGGGCCCGGGGAGAAGAUCAUUAAUUCCGAGGCAAUUCCUGCGGAUCAUGCUGAUGGGUCCAAAGACGAUGAUUCUAAUGUAAAAGUUUUGUCCAAAUCUAGUGAUUUGGAUUCUCCCAAGUCGGGAAAGAAAUCCCAAUCAAACCCACAUUUCAUGUCAAGGAAGCAGCUUUGUGACGAAGAAGAUAAUUGGUCAUUGGCUUCUUCUACUGCAACUUCUGUACGGACUAAAAUUACAGUCCCAGUUGCUCCAAAGUUCACUUGCGUUGACCGAUUGGAGAGACGUAAAGAGUUUUAUACAAAGUUGGAAGAAAAGCACAAAGCCUUGGAGAAAGAAAAACUCGAAUACGAAGCAAGAAUCAAAGAAGAAGAACAAGCAGCAAUAAAGCAGCUGAGAAAGAGCAUGGUGGUCAAAGCAAAGCCUGUUCCCAGCUUUUAUCGUGAAGGGCCUCCACCAAAAGCAGAGCUUAAGAAGUUGCCAGUAACUCGAGCCAAAUCUCCAAAUCUGACGAGGCGAAAGAGCUGUGGUGAUGCAGCGAAAACUUCUCCAGAUGACAAACCACUUUCUGGACGAGUCACUCGUCACAGCGUGGGCCAGUUCAAAGAUGGUAAAGCCUCUCCUAUUCUGAAGAAGUCUUCUUCUCCCGUUACUCCCAAAGGCAAGGACCGAACAAACGGGCCUAAAAAAGUCAAGAGUCAACAAAAACCGAAAGAUACACCAGCUGAGAAUUCACCUGUGAAGGAGCCCGAGCCUGAGCCUGGGAAUGGAGAUUUAUCCAUUGUCGAGUCUUGA